AUGGCUCCCAUAAAUUGCACCCAGGUGACAGAGUUUAUUCUUGUGGGCCUCACAGAUCAUCCAGAAUUGAAGAUGCCUCUCUUUGUGAUAUUCUUAUCCAUCUACCUUUUCACAGCAGUAGGAAACCUGGGUUUGAUCCUGGUCAUUAGGACAGAUGCAAGACUCAAGACACCAAUGUACUUCUUUCUAAGCAACCUGGCUUUUGUUGAUUUCUGUUAUACUUCUGUCAUUACUCCCAAAAUGCUUGGAAAUUUCUUGUACAACGUAAAUAUUAUCUCCUUCAAUGCGUGUGCUGCUCAAUUAGGCUGCUUCCUUACCUUCAUGAUAUCAGAGUGCUUGCUGCUGGCCUCCAUGGCCUAUGACCGAUAUGUGGCCAUUUGUAACCCACUCCUGUAUAUGGUCACAAUGUCACCAGGAAUCUGCCUUCAGCUUGUAGUUGUCCCCUAUAGCUAUAGCUUCCUGAUGGCAUUCUUCCAUACCAUCCUCACUUUCCAUCUUUCCUAUUGCCAUUCCAAUAUUAUCAAUCAUUUCUAUUGUGAUGAUAUGCCUCUCCUCAGGUUGACUUACUCAGACACUCACACCAAACAACUAUGGAUUUUGGCCUGUGCUGGUAUUACAUUCAUUUCCUCUGUUCUGAUUGUCUUCAUCUCCUACAUGUUCAUUCUUUCUUCCAUCCUGAAGAUGAGAUCAGCUGAGGGAAGGCAAAAAGCCUUCUCCACUUGCAGUUCUCACAUGUUGGCUGUCACUAUAUUCUACGGGACUCUGAUCUUUAUGUACCUACAACCGAGCUCAAGCCAUUCUCUUGAUACAGACAAGGUGGCCUCUGUCUUCUACACAGUCAUCAUUCCCAUGUUGAACCCCUUGAUCUACAGCCUUCGAAACAAAGAUGUGAAGGAAGCUCUAAAGAAAACUGUCAGCAACAGAAACCAGGUGCUUGUAUUCAUAGGAAUAAGAAACUGA